GGAGAAGCUUACAACAAUCAAGGCUGCCACGCUCCCGGAAAAGUUGUUCAAACUGGAAUUCUGGCGAUAUCGUCUGCCCGGGGAGAAAGACGAGAGAUACCCCGUCAUCGAUCGAGGUUACCAAAGCGCCGGAGGUGUUAUUAUGGAUCCGAAAGCUUUUGCAAAGCUUUCCAAACAGUUGGCCAGAGAGAAGAAGAAGGACGAAGGGCUCCCAACUCAAAGGGUUGUAGACGAAUUCUUCAAGAAGCCGGAGGGGGCGAAAAGCCGCAACGGUGAGGGGCCCUCACAAGCUACUGUUGACGAAGGCUCCAAGGCCGUGGAGCUUAAAAGAAAGAAUGCCGGAAAGGGCUCCAAGCCUCCGGAGAAGAAGCAGAAGAAGGGGGACGCGGAGCAGGACGCCCCCGUCAUCACUGUGGAGGAGAAUUCAUCAUCCGAGGCUCCGGCUCAGAAAGUCGGGGUGGCCUGGCCUACGGAGGAUGUCAAUUUCUCCGUGAAGAAGGGGUGUGCCAUCAUGCACGGCACACUGGACCCGAGAGAAUUCCUGAGGGGAACCACCCCUCCAACGGAUAAAUCUGUGCUCUCCCGGCAGAAAACCGGUCCCCUCGGCUCCAAGAUCUUACAAGCUGCUGUCACCGCUGCCCUCGGUCUUGGUGAGCUUAUGCAGAGGAUGGAACAAUCUGAUCUGCAGAGGGCUAAAGCUGCUGAGAUCCAGAACAAACUGGAGGAAGACAAUGCCGCACUCCGGAAGCAACUGAUGGAGGUCGAGGCCGCCCUCCGGCUGGAGAAAGAUAAUGUCCAGAAGAAGGUGGAUGAUGCUCGAGCCCUGGGGAGGGGCGAUGGUCUGGAGGCUGCCGCCGCUACCAUCAAAGCUGCGGCCGAGGAAGCGGAGAAGGCUAAGGCUGAGGCCGUUGCCAAGGCUGAGAGAGAAGCGGUAGCCGUCUUCCUUUCCGACGGGUGGAAGGCCGAGGACCAAAGACAGUGGAGGGCCUCGGUUGUUGAGGCUUCGGUGGAGGACUGGGUUGGAGGCCCCGGAGCAUUAUGGCUCGCCCGAAAGGGUAAAAGUUUUUAUGAGGGCGGUGAGUUCUUCACGCAGGCCAACCUUUACCGGAAGCUGGCUCGUCAUUUUGGCGUGGAGCCGAAGGAAUUCAAGCCCGAAGCCUACGGUCUCCCACCCCUUCAGCCAGACGUGAGGAUUCCCCUUCCUUCCGGCGAAGAGAGGCAACUGUUGGAGGACUCGGAGCUAGCUCGGUGCGAUGAUGAUGAUGAAGGAGAUGCCGAUGGCGAUGCUUCCUCCAGGCCGAAGGAGGAUGUAGCUGAAAAUGCUUAGGCUUGAAACUCCUUUAAGCACAACUUGUAAUAGAUAAGUAGGCUCUCGGCUCCGGCCUCAUAUUGUAAACAAACAUCCGUGUUGUACUCUAAUACUCUUUUUUUUUU